AUGUUGAUCAAUACAUUCAAAUCAGCUAUCGCCCUGAUCAUCACAGCAUCAGCAUCUCUCACAGUUCAUGCUCAAUCUGUAAAGAGCUCUGGAAGUUGCAAUGCCUACCCAACCAAUGCAACCUGUUCUAAUUACGUGGACUACAAGGUGUUCUUGCCCGACAAAAUCACCGUCAAUCAGAUCGAAUCACAGCUGCAAUCACUGGCACAAUUGGGAUCCUUACUCGGUGGAGUUAGUCCUGUUUGCUUUGAUACAUUUGCUCGCUAUCAAUGUUCAAAAGCCUACCCAAAAUGUGUAACAACCAACUCAACUACAGACAUCAGCGUGUAUUCUGCCUGUACAUCAGCAUGCGAAGCCGUCUCUAUUGAGUGUGCCAGCAUCUUCAAGGUGGCAGGCCAGACUGCUCUGUUGCCUAAUUGCAGCACUGAAAUCACAAGCACAGGAUUUGGCUUGCAAGCCGACGACAAGUGCAACAACAUUCCUACCAAAUUGACCGAAGAGCAGAUCAAGGACGGAAGAAUGAACUUUUCCGCCGUGCCUGCUGGUUUUGUGAUGGCUGAAUGCCCUGCUCCCUUCUUGGUAGAUCCACUAGCUGCCUCUGGAUCAUCUAUUAACGACAAGUACUGCAGAUACGGUUGUUGUAUUCCAUGCCCUGCUCAAAAUUUGUUUUACAAAGAAAAUUGGGCCACUAGAGGGUUUUUGGCUACUGAUGUGAUACGUUUUGUAUCAGCUGUUCUAUCUCUCAUUUUGGUAAUCAGCUAUUUAGUUUUACCCGACAAGAGAAGACAUCCUUCGUUAUUGAUCCUCAACUUGUCCAUUGCCAUCUUCUUGUUCAGUAUGGUCGUCUUCUUUUCGGUUGGAAACCCAAGGCGUCUCCAAUGUGCUCCCAAUGACAUUUCUCCUGGCGAGAUGGGUAACAACACUCUCUGUGCUGCUCAGGGUGCUAUUUUGAUCUUUGGUUCGUUUGCAACUUGUCUUUGGUGUGCUGCUUUGAUUCUGAAUUUGCAUGUGCACACUGUCUGGAACUCCAACUUCUUUACCAACCGAUACAUUCUCUUGAACGUUGUCUGCUGGGGUAUUCCAGCUACCAUCAUGUCAAUCGCAUUAGGUCUGCAUGCUGUCAAAUUUGAAUUUGCCAAUCUCUGUCUGGUGUCAAUGAAGUACAUUUUCCCGCUGUUCUUUUACCCACUGGCUGCUAUCGUAUGUCCCAGUUUCAUCGUUCAUAUUGGCACCUUCUUUUACAUUGCAAGAAUCGCUGUGCGUGAAGGGCUUGAGUCUGACAUGACCCAAUCAUUAUCUACAGGCACCAUGACGGAUCGUGCACCUGGUGUGAGUAGAAAGCACGUUAUGGUGGCUGUCAAAAUCCAAUGGAGAGCCUUGUUAUUGGCCGUGGUUGCUAUUGUUACCGUAUUGUUCUAUUGGUUGUUCUACAUGACACAAAUCAGUCGUAUGUCAGAGUUACAGGAUAACCCUACACUCACAUUGGAUUGGCUCGAGUGCAUGUUGACACCGGGGAAUAGUCAAAAUAUUUGUGCUGAAGCCAUCAGUCCUCAUUUGCCUCCUUUUGCUUUGAUCAUAGUUGCCGAGGCUCUCGUCAGUACUAUUGGCAUCUGGCUAUUUGUCAUGUUUGGUAAGAGAUCUUUAUGGCGCGAGUGGAACGAUUUGAUCUACGAUACCAGAAUCAGAUUCAGCAGACGCGGCAGAGCUGAGAAGAGUGGCGAACAAUUCUUUGCCCUUUAA